UUUAGCAAGAAAGUAAGCGCAUAAAUUUCAUUAAAUUACAUUAGGAAAAAGUGUUUCUUUUUUAAAGUUAAAUGAGUGUUAUCGAAGGAUCUACUCGGUUCAGAUAAUCGUGGAUCCACGUUUAAAAUGCUAUAUGACUGACACAGUUAAAAACAUGACCAACCAAGAAUGCAAGGAUAGGAAUAUUUCGACGUUAUCUACUUUAUUCGAAGCAAUACAACACGGUCGUUAUCGUCAAACUGUAUUGAUAUUGGAAACGGGAGUCGACAUCGAUGGUAGGAAUGAUAAAGGACAAACACCUUUGAUGAUAACCUGUCAGAAUAUCGACGUAAAAAAUCGUACGAAGUUUGUUAAAUUGUUUAUAGAUACAGGAGCCGAUCCUAACAUGCAAGAUUGGGACGGUCUAACAGCAUUAAUGUACGCUGUCAUCAACGGAAAUAACGAAAUUGUUGCCGUCCUUAUAGAAAAUAAACGUACAGACGUUACGAUCCAAGACGGAGAAGGUAACACAGCUCUGAUGCACGCAGCAUCGCGUGGUUACGGUGAUAUAAUAUUUACGUUCCUACACAAUUAUCGACACGAUCGACAAAUUUUAGGACUUCAAGAGAAGAAUAAACAAGGAUUGAAUGCUGUACAAUUAGCUGCUAGAAAUAAUCACGAUACGUGUGUUUAUUUAUUAACGCGUGAAGCUAGACAAUUUCCUAUAACACCGUCCGAUAUGUUUCCUAAUCCGAAAGUAUUAGAAAGGGUACCUACACCUUGUAAAGGAUGGUACAAGAGGAGAGCGGCUUCACAAGAAAACAUGCAAUCCGCAAUCGAUAAGAAUAGAAAUGAGAAGAAAAAAUUAGAAAAUCAUUUAAUUUCCUAUUUAGGAGAGAAGAAGAAUUGGGAUUCCGAUUCAAAAAAUAUCUUGUAUCUUCCACCGUUAAAUAAUGACUUUUCCAAUUGUAAACUUUUCGGUACUUUAGCUUCAGCUUCCUUGCUUCAUAGACGUCAAAGUAGCGGUGCUGGAAGAAUUUGA